GAGGAGAAGGAGUGUUGAGGUGGAGGUGGCGGACGAGGUGGAGCGGGACGGUUCGCUGCUGGUCGGAGCAGAAAGAGACGACUCGCGUGUGCAGGUCUGGCCGGGUUAGGCUGAACCCCAGAUUUCGGCCCAAUGAGGAUUAGCCGUGACGAAGGCAUUCCCGCACGAGACGUCAACUGCGCGACUUUCUUAUUUUUUCUUUGUAUUUUUGAUUUUUCAUCUUGCGUAUAUACAUAUAUAUACUUUAUUUCCUUUUGGAAGAAAAGAAGAUAUAAUCCUUUUCUAAAAGGAAGAAAAUCCCCCGGCUGCCAAUCGUCCCUACAUUCUCUCCCGUCCAGAUCGCCUGGACCGCAAGCAAAUAACAGAGUCCGCAAAGUGCUGGCCCAAGAACACAUUCCUCAUGAUUCGUUCCCAGCAGAUACCAUUCGUCGAUUUGUCAAGUGGCUCGAUUCUCCAAGUACGUUACUGUAGAUCGAAUAUGACACAAGCAGUCUUCGGCUUCGAUGCUCGGUAAAUGCGCUUUCCCCCCCUCUCUCGUCACACCAUCCCUCACGGCGCUUUGCAUAUGGCCAGCCCAGUGCCUAUGCGCCACAGUAGCUCAGAUCUUGCAAGGCUCGGGUUUCAAAGCGUGUGCUCUCAUAGAUGCAUUCGCUAUAUUCAUGAAUGAAAAUCGAGCCGAACGAAAUCGUGAAUGAGAUUAAUGGAUAUGCGUUUUCAGGAAAUCGAGAAACGAGAGAGCCAUCGUCUUAAGCUCAAGAAGUUUCAGCAGUAAGUAGGGCUCACAGCUGAUAGAAGAAGGGGUUAUAGCA